AUGGAUGACCUUCGUCAUCCCUCCUGGCUUAAUAUCAAUGGCAUUAUUAAUCGAGUCACAGCCGCCCACACUCUCUCUUGUCGCCCUUCCGCUGGUCUGUCCAUUUACCCUCAGCUGCUUGGCAACGAACUGGAUGAAAGUCGAAUAUCGCGUAUGAUAUCGACCAUCGACGCGACUAACGGGUUUCGCUCCGAGCUCAUGCCGAUGGCACUCGCUUCUUCCAGUUCUGCGUCUUUAGCUCUACGGAACGCUAUUAUGGCGGUCUCGGCUUUCCAUAGAUAUGGAGCGACAGCCGCCCUACAGUUCAAAGCCAAGGCCGUUUUCGAUGAGACAGAGGAAAAUUGGUAUUUUCACCUAGACGGAGCAAAGGCCAUGUUGUAUCAUCUAUGGAAUGUAUCCGGGGGGAAUCUUCGAUAUCAAUUCCUUUAUACAUGGCUAGUUUACCAUGAAGUUCUUGGUGCCGCCAGUCAACCUCUACAACUCAUUCAAAAAGGAACACCUUCCAUUGAUCUUUUGGCAGAUGACAGCUUCGAUGAAACAGUUGUUAUUGGAUCUCUUGGAUGUUCUCUAGAGGUCCUAAAGGCAAUUCAUGGUCUAAAUCAAAUACGAUGUAAAAUCAUGUCAGGUCCUCCCGAUAUUACAGAAGCUCUCAUCUUAGAAGGCAGACUCACCUCCCUAACGCAAAAUGUUUCCCCUGUCGAAGGUUUUGAGUCUCAAACGUGUACCAUCGAAGAGCACCGCAAGGUUAUAGAGACUGCCGAGCUCUACCGAUUAUCAGCUUUAUUAUAUCACCAGCGUAUCCAUGCAGAUUAUUUGGAUCGGCGCCGCGAGAGAGAAGCAUAUUUGACACAGGCAUUCCAUAUUUUCAACCGCCUCUCUAUUUGCACAAGUCCAUGGCCAUUGUUCGUCAUAGCCUGUGAAGCGGACUCGGACGAACAAAGAUUGGUAAUCAUUCGUAUGCUGGACCAUAUGGAUGAAGCACGCAGUAUUGGUAAUAUCUUCAUUCUGAGGGAGAUCAUCCAGUCAUUUUGGAAGCAGAAAGAUCUUGCUGCAGACUGUGAUGCGCGUAGCAGUCAACCAAGUUGGUUGAAUUCUUUGGAUUCACUACUUGUUGAUUCAAAGGGAGCUGUUCCUUGGUUCAUUUGA